AAAAACGCAACCACCGUUCUAUAUAUAUCAACUUCACUUCCUCUUCCGCACGCGAACAGUUACUGAACCUCUCAUUAUUCAUCUCGCUCCUUAUAGUCCCCGGCUACCACACUCGUUUAAACUCAGAACACGCCAGUCUGCCCCAUGCCCUAGCGCCUUUUAUUUCCUCCAUUUUAGUCCCUUAGCACUAUGCAUCCAUCCACACAUCUCUCGCCUGUGCCGGUUAGCGCUCGACGGGGUCACCAGCACCGGCGGUCCGCGGCCAUCUCCGGCGAUUUUGACGUCAACAGCAUCUUUCUUCCACCCGUGGCGUGCGACCUGCCAAAAGCCACUCCUGCAUUCCCCCGCCAGUCGCCCAGAUACAGCGCGGUGUCCAGAACCACCAGCAUUGCCGCCAGUGGCGUUCCAGCCUUUAAGUUUGGCGACGACAGCUCCCCCAAGAGCAACUACCACUUCAACUUCAACAAUGACGAAGACUUCUCCAACAAAAUCACCGAGAGCUUCAACUUCCCCCACUCUUCCCCGUCCUUGUCUCCGUACAACCUGAGUGACGAAACCUUUGCAUACCAACAGAACAUGUCCACCUCCCCGCCAGCCAUCUUUGUUAACGACGACCCGGUUCCUACGCCCCAGGGGCGGAAGAUCUUCAGAGGCCGAGACCGCAUGCCCCCUUCGAACUUGAGCUCUCCCAUUGCCAUGGUCUCGGCGCGGAAACCGGCCCGCCGCCUUGGCACCAACGGCAGCACCAAGUUUUUCAUGACGGCAGACAUCGGUGUUAACGAGGAGAACGUUCCUGACGCGUUGAUCGACUUGGACGACAUUCUCAGCUUGAGCACGCCCAAGCGCACGGCCCACCGGCGCACGGAAUCGGCGCCGGAGUUGGAAAACUUCAAUCGCAAGGCCUCGCCGGUCCACCCGAACAACGGCAUUUGCUAUCCCUCGGUGUUUGACACUCCGCUGAACGAAGACUUCAUCUUGGAAGACGUGGAGGAGGAGAGCGAGGAGGAGUUGGAGGCUGCCGGGAAAGCGCCCAGCGCCCUUUACUCAAACUUCAGCGGCAAUUCGUCCGUAUCGUCCAUUGGGUCGACGCUAGUCAACCCCAGCGCCAGCAAUUUGGCUCCUCCCGUCAACAUCAACCGUCUCACCCAGCAGUCUCGGUUGAAGAACCGCAAGUCCAUGCUGCGGUUUGAGGAUACCUGGAAGACCAAAGCCAAGGCUAGCGGGAUCUACGUGGGGUCGGCCCCGAUUACGAUCACCAGGGCUCCUGAGGCCAAGCAGUUGGGCCAUUCCUCGUCUUUGCCGGCGAUGAAUGCCAGCAAGUCCAGCCUUGGUAAGCUUAUCGAGCCCCUGCUUUCUUCCCCCGCUGGGGAGUCGUUCACCUCCGUCAGCACGUCCAACUCAUUCAGUACCCAUCCAACACCGGUGUUGCUCAGUACGCCCGCCACAGUCAUAGAUGACGACGGCCGCGGCACUGACUCAUCCGAUGCCACGAAGCCAACGGAUGACGAGGACGAAUACACCAUUGAGGGGGACUCCACCAUGGUUGACUCCGAGAUCACGCCCAAGUUUGUCCCAGUCGCGGCCUUUCCCGAGGCGCUUGAGUUCGGGAAGGCCUCGAAGCAGCAGCUCCACCCGUUCCAGGGGGGCGAGAGUUUUGACGAGCACGUUGCGGUAGGCCAAGUCUCGAUUGACUCCUCCACUAGUACGCUCCAGAUACCGGCGGUGUAUUCGCCCGCCAAACCACCAAUCUACUACCAUUCAUCCAAGCAUAACCCCCACCGCAAGUCGUUGGUUUUGCCGGCAGCCGUUGACCUCAGCGGCACUGGAGACUCAGACACCGAGUCGCAGCUUUCGCUAGAGUCGCCCACCAGAUCGUCCAAGCACCGCCGGUCCGCCCUGAGAGUAUCCCUUGUGAGCUCCGUCGGCGCCGGGUCGUUGUAUAACUCGUCUGGUGUGGGUUCUUCCGCUAGACAGAGGCCGGUUUCGGCCUGCUUUUCGCUUUCUGAGGACAUUGCGGGUGUGAUUGACUUUGACGCAGAACAGCAGAAGCAUUUGCACAUGCGGAAAGAGAAGAUGAAGAACCAUGGGCGGUCAAAGUCUGCCGCCCUUUUCCUUGCGCCAGAGAAGGAAGUGCUGUCUCCAAAGAAGUCUCCCAAGGAAUCAAACUUCAUGAAUCACAUCAAGUUUUACAAGUCCGCCAGUGCGGCCGAGACGGUCCUGGCCAACCCCUCUCCUUCCUUCAGGCUUGGUCCCUUCCAGAAACGCAAGGAAAGGAGCAAGUCGGUGUUGUUACCAACCACCAAGACCAACAGGCUCUCUCCUGAGCUUGUAGUUAUGUCAUCGGACUCGUCGUCGUCAUUUGGCAGCAACGCCGUGGUCAUUUCCGGCAACGGGUCGUUUUUGACCCCCACGUCUAGCAAGAGAGACGAGAACUCUGAUGCCAGAGAGAGAAACAGCAAGCUGGGCUCGGCACCCGCGCCGGAAAUCACCCACAAGGCGUCUUCUUCUCCGCUAUCCACGCGUUCGUUAGCGGUUCCCCUGGAGAUUACCCGGUCGCAGAGCCCGCAGAAGAAGAAAAAGUUCUUUCCGGACAUUUCCAGCACCAAGAACCACUUGCGCCGCGGCAGCGUGAACCGGCUUUUGCCGAACGAGGUCAUGCUGAACCUGAGACACAACCGCCUGUUUGGGUCGUUACUGAUGGUAAACUUGCGGUCGUCGGUUCGCUUGGACCUUGAUAACUACGAUGAUACUUCCAGCGUCGUGGCAAGCAUUAACACGGAGAGAGAGAGCGUCAUGGAUGAUGCCAAGCUGCGAAAUUCGCGCAAGACUCCGCGGAUUAUCAGCUGGAUCCGUCGCAGGUGAGGGGACCAGUUGAUGAGAUAUUAUUCAUACAUGCAUAUUUUGGUUUA